GUUCCGCUACACUGUUUUGGUGUUGGAUAAAGAGCUUCGUUCAACUAGCAUAGUACUAGCCAAACAAGCCAACUUCCUAACAAAAACGUCUUGGGCAGAAUAAAGACAUAAUGGCCUCAGACUCUCCGCGCAGACCAAGUCGCUGUGCUGGAGGGGUUGUGGUACGAGCACAGGCUGCCACGGAGCAGUCAUAUAUGGAAAGUGUUGUGACAUUCCUGCAAGAUGUUGUCCCACAGGCAUAUACUGGAGCGCCCCCUACUGAUGAGAAAGAGAAAAUUAUCUGGGUUCGAUUUGAAAAAGCUGACAUCAAUGACACGGCUCGCUCUCCAGAGUUCAUGGAGAUGCAUAGCGGCAGCAGCGAACCCCCUCUCUGCCUGAUGAUUGGCUACUCUGACGGGAUGCAAGUCUGGAGCAUAUCGUUGAGUGGCGAGGCCCAGGAGCUGUUCUCUGUGCGCCAUGGUCCAGUGCGAGCGGCCUGCAUCCUGCCAGCUCCCCUCAUCAAUCCUCUGAAUGUGGACGGUUUUGCCGACAAGAGACCACUGCUGGGGGUGUGCAAGAGUACCGGGUCCUCAGGAACAAUUCCCCCGUACUGCUGUGUGGACCUGUACUCUCUACGGACAGGGGAGAUGGUCAAGUCUAUUCAGUUCAAGACACCCAUCUACGACCUACACUGCAACAAAGAGAUUCUGGUUGUUGUCCUGCAGGAGAAGAUAGCUGCAUUUGAUAGCUGUACCUUCACCAAAAAAUUCUUUGUUACAAGCUGCUACCCAUGUCCUGGUCCCAACCUAAACCCGAUAGCCCUCGGAGGCCGCUGGCUAGCCUAUGCAGAGAACAAGCUGAUCCGCUCUCACCAGUCGCGAGGAGGCGCGUGCGGUGACAAUGCCCAGUCCUACACAGCUACCGUCAUCAGUGCUGCUAAAACUCUAAAGACAGGUCUAACUAUGAUGGGCAAAGUAGUGACUCAGCUGGCUGGCACCCUGCCUGCGGGCACCCCAGAUGAGGAGGGGACACCGCACAGCGCCACGCGGCGCAGCCCUCACGCCCCCGGAGUCGUCACCGUCAUUGACACGCACACCGUUGGAGAAGGACAGGUCCUGGUGAGUGAUGAUUCUGAUGGAGAAGGAGUUGUGGCCCAUUUCCCAGCCCACGAUAAGCCCAUAUCCUGCAUGCAGUUCAACCCCAGUGGCAUGCUGCUGGUGACGGCCGACACGCUGGGCCACGACUUCCAUGUCUUCCAGGUCCUCACGCACCCCUGGGCCUCGUCCCAGAGCGCCGUGCAUCACCUGUACACUCUACACCGUGGGGAGACGGAGGCAAAGGUCCAGGACAUGUGCUUCAGCCAGGACAGCCGUUGGGUAGUGAUCAGCACGCUACGCGGCACCUCUCACGUCUUCCCCAUCAACCCCUACGGCGGGGGGCCCUGCGCCCGCACACACAUGUCGCCGCGGGUGGUCAACCGCAUGUCGCGCUUCCAGAAGAGCGCCGGCCUGGAGGAGAUGGAGCAGGAGCUGAGCAGCAAGCAGGCGGGGGCGGGAGGAGGACUAGGCGGAGGCGGGGUCGGGGGCCGCUGCAGCCCCAUCCCUGGGCUCUCCAGCAGCCCCUCGGGGUCCCCGCUACAUGUCAAACUUACCAGCCAGGAGUCGUUCAACAACUUCACCAACAACAACAUGGGCAACCCUCGUCUUUCCCCUCUCCCCAGCCUCACCAUGGUGCUCCCUCUGGCACAGAUCAAGCAGCCCAUGACCCUGGGCACCAUUACCAAGCGGACCGGGUGAGUCUCCUCCUACCCACAACAGUGGCCCAACAUCCACACUGGUGACAUCCUACUGUGGCAUUUAGUCCACCUGGACGACGUAUAACUAUUUUUCUUACCCUCUGCUAGCCAGUGUUACCUUAUGUCAAGUUAAAGGUUGUUUAUGGGCAUAUGAACUGGGAGCACACGAUUACACAGAACAAGGAAGUCUCCUUCAAUCACCUGCUGCUUCAAACCAAAUCUUCGUUUUUGACAUGAUUUGUUCUUUCCCCCCCAUGUUCAUUCUUAGCAUGGGGCAAACAGUGAUAUAGCACAGACUUGUUUGUUUGCAGAGGGACACUGGCUCAUCAGACUCUCCUAUACGAGGAUCUGUUUUGAAUAAUGAGCCGGUCAUGAGGCUGUAACGAUGAGACCAAAACAUGUCUCUCAUGGCCGCCUGCGUCCUGAACGUGAUGGGGAAAGGAGAGCACAGUGCGCCAUGCACAUUGUGGUUGGUUGUCGCGUGUGCGAAGGAGCAGACACUCUGUCACCCAACCCCUGAUGAACUGACGCACUCUCUCUCCUUUCAGCCGCCUCUUCACAAUAAUGUUUGUGACGCCCUGAAACCGUGUAUUUUUAAGGUCCAGUGAGUCACCCUAGCAACGAUGAGCUCCUUGCAAAAAAAAACAUUUACAUACAGGUGGCAUCAGAAAUAUGGCCAGAUUUUAAUAUUUCGAUUUAAAUGUCAUUUUCCUGUCCAGUUUGAAUGGGAAAUGCUGUAAUUAUAACCAAGUUGCUGGGAUUUUCCAAUGAUAACUGAUCUUCUAAAAAGGAUGAUAGUGUCUGGAGACUGUAUAUUUGCAUGCAACAUUCAAGCCAAAGUCAAGAUCAUUAGAGUCACCAUUACAGGGUAUUUUACAUGAUGUCGUUUUGCAUAUUGAUCCAUUUGUAAUUAAAACCAGCUCUCCAGCAGUGAGGGUUACUGAGCUGACAGGUUUGUACAAUACUUUGAAAGACGUGUCUUUAAACGCUUGUCCUCACCUUUUCAAUGAGUUAAACACAGUAGCUUUGUCUCAGAAAGUCUCUUUAGAACAGACAAGCACAAUCUUGACAGCCACUCUUGUUUACUUUACCCCAUCAAUUCAUUUUUAUUGCCCAGGGCACGUACUGUACAAACAUAAUGUUUGAUGCAAAUGUUUGGGAUUAAUUAAUAGAACAUUCUAAGCCAUUUUCUAAUCUCCCUCAAAUAGCAUUCUUUCGCUGUUAGUACAUUACUGCCCAAAUGUGCUGGAAGAUCUAAGAGCCUGUACAACCAUCCUGCUUCGAUACAAGUGGAAGGAUAAACACUUCUCCCAUGAAACAUGCUGUCAGGGUGCCGUGGGGGAAAAGCCCAGCUCCAUCAUCAGCUGUAGAAGGGUGCUGUAGUGACUGGCAGAAUGCUGACAGGUGAACUUGAUUACAGACAGUUCAUGAUGUGAGACAGGUGGUCAAUCUUGAUACGUUUGCCUGGUUAUGGAUAGAUAUGUUGUCAAUACAGUUCAAUCAAGUUUUGCGCCCAGGUACAAUGCCACCUCCCACCGCUCCAGUGGUUUCAUGUUGAAGACGGGUUCAUGGUAAACCCUGAUUGUCA